AAGAAGAAGAAGACUAAGGAGAAGAAGAAGGUAGCUAGCUACGUACUGAUGAACUAGCUAGCUAGCUUUUUUCAGAACCGAGGAGGAGUUAUUGUUACAUUAGUAUUAUGUCCCUUAACGCGGCUUCUACAAGGCUUUAACUUCCCCUCAGUCACAUCUACAUGUGGAGAAAUCUUAAUUUGUUGAUUCAUAAGACUGUCUAUUUGGGCCAACAACCUUUUUCUACUCUAGUUAAGUGUCGGCAACCCAAAACAUUUUGGAAAGCGUUCUUUAUUUCUUCCUACACUAAACAGCUGCCCUCACCUGUUCACCUAAAAACCUUAAAGACAAAGCAGCAUUCCACCUCAGCAUUUAGGAAACACUAUUUUCUGCAGAGACACACUCCCUGGACUUUCUUCCAGCAGUGCUACACCGAGCAGCCGGAUAUGUCUGAACAAAGGUUCCUAGUUGAAUACGCCAAACGCGGCACCGCGGGGUGCAAGAAAUGCAAGGACAAAAUUCAGAAGGGCAUCGUGCGCAUAGGGAAAAUCGUGCCAAACCCUUUCAGUGAGUCUGCAGGGGAGAUGAAAGAGUGGUAUCACGUGAAGUGCAUAUUUGAGAAGCUGGAGAGGGCGAGAGCCACGACGAAGAAGAUAGAAGACCUGACGGAGCUAGAGGGCUGGGAGGAGCUGCAGGACGAGGACAAAGACCUCAUUAAUAAACACGUUUCAGACCUGAUGGCCAAAGUCAAUGCAAGUCCGAAGAAGAAGGUCCAGGCCAAGCUGAACACCUCCGGUCAGCUCAAGACUCCCCCUGCUGACCCCUCCGUCAAUGCUCCAAGGAAGUUUUCCGGCUUCACUGCCGCGAAGGCUGGUAGCUCAGGCAGCUCCAGCAGCCCCGGACCAUCACCCUCUCCUGCCAAAACUGAGGGAGGCAGCCCCCUGUCCGCUCAGCUCUGUGACCCCCAGCACAAGGACUGCCUCUUCAGGGAGUUCCGCAAGCUCUGUGCGACGGUGGCCGAGAACAACAGCUACAACACCAAGACACAGAUUAUAGAGAAGUUCCUGAGGAAGGGCGCAGGAGGAGAUAAGUUCCACGGGGAUCUUUACCUGACCGUCAAACUGCUCCUGCCUGGUGUCGUUAAAAGUGUUUACAACCUUAACGAUAAGCAGAUAGUAAAACUCUUCAGUCGCAUAUUCAGAUCCAACCAGGACGACAUGGUGCGAGAUCUGGAUCAGGGCGACGUGUCUGAGACCGUACGGAUGUUUUUCGAAGAAAGUAAAUCCUUUCCUCCCGCUGCCAAGAGCCUCCUGACGAUCCAAGAGGUAGACGCAUCCUUGACCCGCCUCGCUCAGCUCACCAAAGAGGAUGAUCAGCAGAGCGAGCUGGAGAGCAUCGCCAAAAAAUGCACCAGCAACGACCUGAAAUGCAUCAUCAGGCUAAUUAAGCACGACUUGAAGAUGAACGCGGGCGCCAAACAUGUCUUGGAUGCCGUCGACCCGAACGCUUACGACGCUUUCAAGGCCUCCCGCAACCUGGGUGAUGUGAUCGAGAGGGUUCUGAGGAACCAGCAGGAGGCCUCCAAUGGUUCUGGGCCCAGGAAGCUGCUGACCGUGGAGGCGUCGCUCAUGACCCCCGUCCAGCCCAUGUUGGUGAGCCCUGCUCUGAAUAUCUCUCUGUGUUGUUGUGCAUUCCAGGUGGCCCACUUCAAGGAGUACAUCCCCCAGGCUUUCCCCGGCGGCCACAGCAUGAUUCUAGAUGCAGAGGUUCUCCUGAUCGACACAAAGACCAGCAAACCGCUUCCAUUCGGGACUCUAGGUGUUCACAAGAAAGCUGCUUUUCAAGAUGCCAAUGUCUGCCUUUUUGUUUUCGACUGCAUCUACUUCAACGGUGUGAGUCUGAUGGAAAGCCGAUGUCUUAAGAUCUGCUUCCAAAACAGUUUUUCCUUCAUGAUGUCAUCAACCCUAAAGUGCAGAGAGUUCAGGUCAUCGUCUUUAACCAUGUCUUCCUCUGCGUCUCAGGGAACCUAUGAGCCGGGGAAGCGACACUGGCUGAAGGUGAAGAAGGACUACUUGAACGAGGGGGCGAUGGCCGACACGGCUGACCUGGUGGUGCUCGGUGCCUUCUAUGGGAAAGGCUCCAACGGGGGCAUCAUGUCCAGCUUCCUGAUGGGCUGUUAUGACCCUGACUCGAGGAAAUGGUGCACAGUCACCAAGUGCUCCGGAGGCUAUGAUGACGCCAUGUUGGCCCGGCUCCAGAAAGAGCUGGAUGUGAUCAAAAUCAGCAAGGAACCCAGCAAAAUCCCCGGCUGGUUGAAAAUCGUCAAGAACUAUUAUCCAGAUUUCAUUAUCCGCGACCCUGAGCAAGCGCCGGUCUGGGAGAUCACCGGCGCCGAGUUCUCCAAAUCCGAGAUGCACACGGCCGACGGCAUCUCCAUCCGCUUUCCCCGCAUGACGCGAAUCCGCGAUGACAAGGACUGGAAGACGGCCACCAACUUGCACCAGCUCAGGGAGCUGUUCCGCAUAUCCAAGGAAAACUGCGACUUUAAAGUGACGGCCGGUCCUUCCGCGUCCAACGACGACAAAGGCUCAUCAGGAGGAGACAGCGGAGGGAACUCGCCGUCCCCCUCGUCCAACGCAGGCGGUCCGUCCAAGAAGACGAGUGAGUGCCAGAGCGGUUCUAAGAGUGAACCAAAUGUUCAGAGCAACGGACAAAGCAAAGCAACCGCUCAGCUGCUGCAGCCCAGAAACGACAAGACUCUGCUGGACAUCUUCACCGGGGUGAAGCUCUUCCUUCCGGUCUCCGUCCAGGAGUUCGAUAAACUGAGGAGGUACUUCGUGGCGUACGACGGAGACCUGGUGCCCGAUUACGACGCCUCCUUGGCCACGCACACGCUCGGCGAUCCGGAGGAGGACAGCGGGGCUCAGAAAGUGUCUCCCAGCUGGAUCUGGGAAUGCAUCCGGAAGAGGCGCGUCGUUCCGCCCUGCUGAGAGGGAAAGACUUUAAAUCCGCAGAACCAGGCUUUGGUUACAGGGCAGCUUUUGGGUUGAAGGUUCUCAGGACAUUUUAUUUUCAGCUUUUUAACUACUUUGGGUGACCAACAGGAUUUCUUUGCAGAACAAACAUGGAGUCUAAACUAAACAAUAGGAGGGCUGUGCUUCACUACUUUUUACUGCAGAACCAUAAAGAUCAUGAACUGAAAAUAAAAACUGGUGCUUCUCUCGAUGAGUCUCUGUGUUUUAAGGUAAAACCUGUGAAGAUCCAAGCUUUCUUGUAACGUCUGGUAAAUCUUUUCCUAAAGAUCCCAAGAAGGAAACAAGCAUCUAAAAAGAUCAAAGUUUGUUUUAUACUUGACAGAAUUA